AGCCACUCCUGACUGGGAGCCAGCGGGAAGCAUCGCCCGGUCCAUCUCCCAGAGGGGUAGCCGUCUGACCAGCAGUGCACGUAAUGCGAGUGUUUUCGCCGCAGGUUGCCAAUUUUCUGACCAGCUCCGUCUGGUUUUGCGUUCUUGGACUGAGCAGCAGCGCAGUGUUGCCAGCCAGCAGAGCUAGAGUUAGCUUUAAAGUAAUUUGCUUGGCCGCGUGGCGGUUCAGAUGGUCUUGAAGAUUUUUUGUUUUGAGGUUUCCUUAUCCCACGGACGGACUGGGAAAUGCAACCGUUGGAACCACAUUGGAGUAUGGGUGGAAAAAAAUGAGGUUUGUUGGCGGAACGAAGUGGUCUUUUCAACGCAGUGCGGACAAUGUGGUUUUGGGCAGUGGUUAAUGUACGAAUAAAUGAAAUUUUCUUGUUGCACAUGUGAAAAGUGUCUUUCAGAUUUGGCAGGGUAGCAAAUAGGUGGAAGAUGUUUCAGAGAAAUUUGAACUUCUUUCUAGAAAAGUUUUCAUAUACGUCUACACUGUCGUCUGCGUAGAUACAGCUGGUUAAGAUGGAAUUUAAAUAAACUUAUUGUUCAUUCAUUUGUUAGCCAAAUACGCAACUGAGUUAACAAGAAUCAAACUGAUAAAUACGAUACAAUUUUGGUACUAUCAGUCAGUACGAUUAGAAAUCGUCAUGUGGUCGAUUCCGGCACUUUUGGUAGUCCUCGUGGCAGGAUUGCCAACCGGACAAGCCUUCGAUUUUUCCAGCUUCACUACAGAAGCUGCGUUGGCUAGUUUCAUCGAUGGCAUCUCAACCGGAUUAGCAGAUAUGGCGGGUGAUCUGAUUCAGACGGUCAUGGACAACGAAACCAUCGAUCAGGAGGUCACAUUUUGGUGCGGUCGUCGAGGAUAUUCGAGUCUUCAGCAGACGUUCGUAAAUGAUAGUUCCAUUGCGAGUAAACUGGACCUUUCGAAACCCGUUGCCAUAAUCACCCAUGGUUGGUUGAGUUAUGCUAACGUCACGUGGGUGCAGGAAAUGGCCGGAAAUUAUAGCAAGUACGUGGACAGUAACGUUUGCGCCGUGGAUUGGUCCAGAUACGCCCGGUACGGUUAUGCGAUCGCGGCCAAGCGGAAUACCCGAUUGGUGGGAAACUAUUUGACCUUGUUUAUGCAAUUUUUGACACGCAAUGGGAUAACUCCGUCCAAGAUGACCUUGAUUGGUCACAGCUUGGGUGCCCAUGUCUCGGCGUACGCUUGCAAGAACUUCAGCGGUCAGGUGAAGGAGCUGUACGGACUAGACGCAGCUGGACCACUUUUCACUCAACCAAUUGAUGUUGGAACGAAAAAUAGAAUCGCAUCCACGGAUGCCGACUAUGUUCAGCUCAUCUACACGACCCGUUACCUGUUGGGAGUCGGAAAUCCUCUUGGUCAAGCUAAUUUCUUCCCAAAUGGAGGAUACCAUCCUCAGCCUUCAUGUCUGCUUCCCAUGUUGACGUAUGCCGAUACGUAUGUGCCAAUAGCCUGCAGUCACUCCCAUGCGCAUCAGCUGUUUACACUGUCGUUGAAUCCGGCCUUCGUGUUCAAGGCAAAACAGUGUGGAACAUAUCCUACCUAUUUGUUGGGAUUGUGCCAGUUCAACUCCAACGAUGUGCUUGGAAUCUACUCGAAAAAACUUCAUCAGCAGCGGCACCAACGCGGUUCAGGUGAAACCAGGCUCGUCUCCAAGGGGCAGCAGCAACAGCGCAGCACCCAUAACAGCACCCAGAUCAGCAGCAGCAACUCCAACGGCACCCAACAACAGCAAUAA